CACAAACAAACGACUACUCAUUGAUUGCCGACAAUUGCAGUGAAUUGUGAAGAAGUGUUUGAUUUGAUUAUCACUCGAUUGGACACAAGUGUGGAAGCGAUGGAAGUGGUGGUGAAGACGAGGGCGUACGUGAAGAUAUGUAUGCAUUCUCUCAAAUAUCCUCAUUCGACGGUUUGUGGUCUACUUCUCACCACUAAGAGGAAGAAGGCCUCCACUAACCAGACGUACAUCGAGUUCUUGGACGCCAUUCCUCUCAUCCAUUCCGGACACGGAUUGACACACGUCUUGGAGACGGCACUCAUUCAGAUAUCCAAUUACUAUAAGUCAAGUGAUGUACAAAUCGGUGGUAUAUAUCAGGCGAACAAAUACUUCUUCGACUCUCAGCCCAAUGUCUUCGCGCAACGAUUGGGCGAAAAGGUGUUGGAAAACAACUCGGAAGCGGUUGUAGUGAUGGUUAAUAACAUCGGUUUAGCGCAAGCACUGGACGAUCAGAACGAAAUGGAUUCGGCGCUCACUGUCUACCACUUGUCCGACCAGAAGUGGAAGGCCAAGAGUGGCGGACAUCGCUUCGAGAACCCCUCGCAGGCCUUCAAUGCGGUCCAGGAGUUCAUCUUCAAGAGUCAGUUGCACUUCCAGUUGAUUGACUUCGACAACCAUUUGGAUGACAUUCGUAUGGAUUGGAACAAUAAGCACAUCAACGAUGUCAUCGACAACUGGAUCAAAGUCAGCGUCGACUAGACUCUGGAGGAAUAGUCUUCACUCCUUACCCACCACUCGACCAUCGGUUGAUUGUCUACUUUUAUAGUACACUAUAAUUAUUGUUAUAAUUAUAUAUUGAUUGCAAACUUAAUGACUAUAAUAUUAUCAUUUUUUUGUGUCUC